AUGAAGGCACAGCUUGUGCAUGCAGAGGUGCGCGAGAGUCUUAUUCAUCGCCGCCGGUUCCAGCAUCUGGCGACGUGGCAGCGGCAGCGGGAGGCGGCGGCGAGCAGCAAGGCUGGGGUUGCGUGUGUUCCGCUGCAUGAGCCUCAACCGCCGCAUGAGGCGCUCGCCCUCGCUACCGCCCGCUCGUCUCAUGUCCUCUCGUUGGAGGCGGCCGACCCACCGCUGGCUCGCCUCGCCGAGGUUCAUCCGGACGGCGUCUCGUUUGUGGCACUACCGUUUGCGGGCUCCCCACCGGCGGUGUGGGCGGUCGAUCCACCAGCUCGGGUGGUCGCCGGCCUAGGCUGGGCGCCACGCCAUCGCAUCUUUGCCCUCCGCCUUGCGCUCGGUCCGGCCAAGCCCGAUCGCAUCGUGUUUCUCGACGGUUUGGCCGGCACCGAGCUGGCGCAUGUCGAGCUGCCGGCGCAGAUGGGCGAGGUCAGCUCCGGAAAUGUGGUGGUGGCUGACGGGUUUGUUGCCGCAGGCUGGCUUGCUGACGAUGUCUUUGCCAUCGUUCUUACCUCUGGCUACCGGGUUGUUACUUGGGUUGAUGGUGCUGGUGAGCCAGCACUGGCUGGCGUGGCCGAUGUGCCGGACGUCGCGCUGGUGAAAGCGCUGGAAGGGAUCAGCGACGUGAACUUUGACGUGCUGCCUGCAGCUGUGAUGACGCGGGCGGGCGCAGCGGUGCUCGUCAUUCCUCUGGUGGCCACACCGGUCCCGGUCUCGCUCCUUCCGCUCGCUGGCGCCUCGCUCACCUCGCCGAGUUUGAACGUGCUCGAGACCACGCUCGAGCUGAGCGGGACAAGCGCCACCGUCGGCUCGGGUCUUCCGUCGCUCUUUGACAUCCAUGGGACUGGCGCAUCGGCGGCAAGGAGCGGGCCGAGCCUUCCUCCGCCGCACAUCCUCGACUCUGGCUUUGCGCUCCUUGCACUCUCGGCCAAGGACGACGGCGACGGCGGAGUCCGACUCGAGCUCUCGCACCUCGAGGCUUGUGCGGCGAGCAUCUUGGAAUCGGGCUUGGUGCCAGUGGCCCUGACGCCGCUGUGGGGCGGAAAGGCGCUGGUGCACAACGCGGGGCCGCAGGCGGUUGUUGUCGACGUCUGGACCGGCGAGCUUGAGCCGCUGAGCCUCGAGCCGCCGGUUCAUCCGAGCAGCGUCAUCUUGGGCAGCUCGGCCGAGGCCAAGGCGGAGCUCGGCUACCUGCUUGUCGGCGUGCCGGCUACGUCGAACGGUGGCGAGCCGUUUGCGCGGCUAUCGACGGCGACGCUCUUUGAAGAGCUAUGCGUGUACGUGGUGGAGAAGAACGGCGACGCGAGGAGCGAGCAGGAGACCAGCGACGGCAGCGAUGACGAGGCGACCUAG